AUGGCUUUGCCAGCUGCAGCAGCUGUUUUGCUUGAUGAGAACAUGCAGAUACAUAAAGAAAACAGGGUUGAUGCACCAAGGGCCAAACCACUCAAAUCAUCAGCAAAACCUGAGAGGAAGGCUCUUCAGGAUGUGUCUAACAUUCCUAAAGGCACUGCUUUAAAGAACAGAUCCACCAUCAAAGAGAGGUCCACCUUGAAAGAAAGGCCUGCACUUCACGACGUGUCCAACAACCUCAAAGAGAGGUCCAUCCUGAAAGAGAGGCAUCCUCUUCAGGAUGUGUCUAACACCCGCAAUGAGAGGUCCAUCCUGAAAGAGAAGUCUGCUCUGCGUAGCCAUGAAGUGAUUAAGAACCCAGUGAAUAUUUUUGCUGAUGAUGAAGAGACCAAAAGGUGUCAUGAAUGGGCUAAGGAUGGGAUUGAGGGCACUCACUUCACUGGAAAUGAUUCUCAGAAGUUGGAUAAAGAUGCUCAAGACAAACGUGUCAAGAAGAAAGUGGCGAAAGUUAUAUCAGCAUUGCAUGGCUGGUCACAUGAGGUAUUUGAUCCUGUGAUGUUUCCGGCUGCGGAGGUUCCCAAGUUUUCUGAAGAAUCGAAAGAGCUGGAGCUGGAACCAGAGAUUCUUCCAGACAUCACUUGGUGUCUCUCUACCUCAGGCAAGAGGGAUGAUGCACCAAGGGCCAAACCACUGAAGCCAUUACUGAAGCCUAAGCUUCAAGAACAGAAGGCUCUUCAGGAUUUGUCUAACACCGUCAAAGGGAGGCCUGCUCUGCGCAGCCAUGAAGCUGUGAAGAACCCAGUGAAAAUAUUCACUGUUGAAGAGACCAAAAAGUGUCAUGAAUGGGCUAAUGAUGUGUCGGAGGGCGCUCAAUUCACAGGAAAUGAUCCUCAGAAGCUGGAUAAGGACAUGGAAGACAAACGAAAUGAUCCUCAGAAGCUGGAUAAGGACGUGGAAGACAAACGUGACAAAGCACAGCUGGUUGAAGGUUCUCCUACUGAUGAUGAGCUUGACGACUACCCAUUUCUGGAGCUUGACGACUACCCAUUUCUGGACAACAAUCCUGUUAACUUUGAGCUGAAAGAUGAGCCAGUGAUUCCAGAUAUUGGAGCAAACUGA